CGCCCCUUCUUGAGCGGCUCGUCACAGCAUGAAGAAGAAGUAAAAGUGGGAAGAAAGGACCAAGACCGAGCGGCGACAUGUCGAUUCUUCUCGACCACCGCUUUGGACAGCUUCCUCCCGACAACUCCGUUAACACUAAACUCUUCCUGGAGACCGUCUCCCACCUGCCGUCCUUCUUCGACUGCCUGGGGUCCAAGGUGUUCUCAGUGAUCAAGUCGGACAUUAAUGGCAAUAUCGCAAAAAUUAAAGAAGUCUACGUGAAGGAUCCGGAAAGGUACGUCACCCUGCAGCACAUCGUGGAGGCCGAGCAACAAGACUUGGCUGCCGAGUGGCCCAAAGUCGGAGCAACGCUGGCUCUCAUGUGGCUCAAGAGGGGUCUCCGUUUCAUACAAAUUCUGCUGCAGAGUUUGGCGGACGGCGAGCGAGACCACGACAACCCCAACCUCAUUCGGGUCAACAUCACCAAAGCCUACGAACACGCGCUGAAGAAAUACCACGGCUGGUUUGUACAGAAGAUCUUCAACACGGCACUUUACGCAGCGCCCUACAGAUCCAACUUCCUCAAGGCUCUGUCCAAAGGAGAGGAAGUGAAGGAGGAGGACUGUUUAGAGAACGUGCGGCAGUUCCUGACCAACUACACCGCCACCGUGGACGCCAUUUACGACAUGUACACACGUCUUGAUGCAGAGCUGGACUACACGGUUUGAUGUCAGAGCAGGACAGUAUUAGCAAACUAGUUGGUGUCCUUUACAUGUGUGCUAUUUAUUAUUUAUUUCAUUGUUGCCUUACAACAAGGGUCCCCAAACUACGGCCCACGGCCCGUGCCAGCGUUCAAAAUCUGGCACGCGGGAAGUCCCAAGUUAAAAAAUUUUUUUUUAUUUUUUUUAAUAAUUAUUUUUUAAUCUUUCCUUUCUCGCCCAUUCAUCAAUCCAUUUUCUACCGCUUGUUACUUUUGGGGUCUCCUAGUCGCUCAGGCAAAUCAUAUUGUCUAAAAAUGCAUUUUCCCAUCGAUAACGUGAUAUGAACGCGGUGAGUCUGUCCACAUCUACAAUUAAUAUAUAUAUACAGUAUAUAUAUAUUUAUGUAUAUGUAGUCAAGGUUUCUAUGGUUUAUCCGUUAUACAGUGCUCAAAUCCCCUGAAGAGCAGGGAAACCUGCGAAACAGGCUUGUAGGGAUUAAAUAGCCUCUGUGUUUUUCCUGACAUAUAUAUAUAUAUAUAUAUAUAUAUAUAUAUAUAUAUAUAUAUAU